UACUUGUUUACAUUCCGCAACUUUUGUGUGAUAAGAUAUUUAGAUAACUUUAUGCGCAGAUUAACCAACUGUCGAAUUCAAGGUUCAGUGUGUGUGUGUUCGCGCUGUUUAAGUAGAAAUUGCGCUGUGUGAUAUAAUAUUUCGUGUUUGCACAUAAUGCUGGACAAACCCGUAAAACCGACCGAGGUCAGUGUGAGAAAUCGAAUCGAUUUAGCGGUGGUUCCCCUGGACGCAUUAAAUACCCGCACGCGGGAUUUAUUGGCCGAGCUGUUGAAUCAUCGGCGGAUCUUCACCUCCGAGGAUGGAUACUUUCGCGAUUGGCGCGGAGUGUUCGAUGUUGUUGGCAUACCGAAAAAUUAUUUACCCUUGGUGUCAACCAAUGCCAACCCGACGCGCCGUUUGCUGGAACUGUGGCAGUUUGAGCACCAUCAGUGCAAGCGCGAAGCAAACCUGGCCGAACUGCAAUAUGUGCUCGGUUGCAUCGAUCGGUGGGACAUAUUGGACGAUACUUCUAAAAUGUUUGAGCAAGAUGCAGAACAGCACCUUAUACAUGAGCAGAAGCGGACCGCAAGGAAAGUGAGCGAAACGAAUGCGAAAGAAUCAUCGAACGCAAGCGGAGAUUGUGACAUUAUCACGAAAGAUGACACAGCCGACCACAAGCAGCAGUACGACGCGUUCAUACUGUACGCCGAUGCGGACGUUGAGUUUGCAUCGAAAAUGGUCGAACGUUUGGAGGCCCGGGGAAUGCAACUGUGUCUAAAAGAUCGUGACAUUCUCGGUGGAAGUAACUUCGAACACGAAGUCAUUUCACGGCUCAUCUCCGAACGUUGCCGCCGGGUAGUGGUGAUCAUUUCGAAGGCAUUCCUCGAAAGCCCACUAAACGAUUUUACCGUCACAUUCGCUCAGGCACUGCAGAUCGAGAAAAAGGAACGCAAGGUCAUACCGUGCGUGUACGAUCGAUGUGAACUGCCACCACAUUUACGGUACACCUGCCGGUUAGACUACCAGCGGUCACAGAAUUUGUACAACUUUUGGGACAAACUCGCCGACUCGAUACGGGACGCACCGCGAAAGGUUGCCACCGAAAUGAACGUAAAAGAAACGAUCGAACCGCAAAAAGUUGAAACUCACAGCAAAGCUGUUAGGACAAUCGUGCCCCAGCCAGUACCGAAGGUGGUCGUCGAAGAGCCAACCUUGGUGGUGAAACUUCCGAGCGCUAUGGACCAGGAAAGCCGUACCGGUAGCCUUAAAAAAUCGCACUCAUUUUGGGACAUAUUUUCUAGCUUUAGUCACAAGAAAGACAAACUGAAUGGUAGCACUUCCCAGCUAAACAUUAACGAUAUUGCACCGUCAACCAGUCCGAAGAAAACGAGUUCCUCGCCGCUGGCACUAAUCAGGCGUGAUAAAAAGCAACCAACCGGUACAGGUGGUGCGUCAUCUGCACCAUCCGAAUGCCCACUGGAACAGCCAGAAAAACCAGUGAAAUCUAAAAAGAAAUGGUAUAAACCGAGCAGUCGGAAAGUAGCGACCGCUAUGUGAUACCGGCGUGCCUUGCAUUUGUCUUCUGUGCUUCUUUGCGGGCAACCAGUUUGACCGACACGUGUCAUUUUCUUAUAUUAACCCUAUUUACACAUAUUUUGUUUUAACGUAAUAAACAUUUUGCUCAAAAAUGA